AUGCCGUCCGCAAUUCCGACCUUACACCGUGUUCCGUUUAAUAAAACGGACAAAGUUAUCUCGACUCUUGAGAGAGAUGGAGCCAUUAUUCUAACGGAUUUUACAUCUCUGGACGCAGUCAAUAAAGUCAACAGUGAAGUAAAACCCUACCUUGACAAAGACAAGCCGUGGAAUGGCAAACUGUUCCCCCCUGAAACCCGACGCUGCACACGUCUCCUCGGAAGAAGCGAUACCGCGAGAAGGGAGUGGCUUGCAGAUGACCAGCUAUAUACAAUCUUGAAACACUUCCUGUCAAAAACAACCCGCAUCUUCUACGAUUACGUCCCUACUUACCACACAACUUUGCCGAUUCUUUCUACGGCAAGCACGAUUGAUGUCCGUCCCGGCGCCGCCAGCCAACGGUUGCAUCGUGACGAUAAAGUCCACCAUGUCGACCACACUGACAUGACGAAGACGGGGUAUCAGAAAGGCGCAGAUGUUAGCAUCACCAUUCUUAUCCCCGGUGUCGAAUCUACCGUUGAGAAUGGAGCAACGCUGGUCAUUCCCGGAUCUCACUUAUGGGGAGACGAGCGGGCACCCUCGCGCGAUGAAGCUCUCCGAGCUACUAUGGUACCCAGUGAAGCACUGAUGUUCUUGGGUUCGACCUAUCACGCUGGAGGUGCGAAUCAGACGAAGGACCAAAACAGGCCCAUGCAUGGUCUCUUCUUCUGUCGCGGCACGCACCGCGCCGAAGAGAAUGUGUAUCUGGAGUUUCCAGUAGACCAAGUCAAGGGGUGGACAGAAAAAGAGCAAUCGCGCAUAGGGUAUCAGAUCUCGUCGCCAAACCUGGGCUUCAUUGAUUUUGUUAGCCCCAUGCAUAUUAUCAACGGUACAUAUAAUCCGGAUCAUCUUGUUGAUUUGGAUUAAGCGCUUUGUUUUUCUCUUG